AUGUCUAAUAUUUGUUGCAGUUGUAAAGAAGUAUCAUCACCAUUAUAUGCAGAUUGCAUUGUUAUACGAUCCUUUAUGGUGGUUGGAAUGAGAUUUCGCGGUAGUCAUAAAUUUAAGAAAUCGGAUAUCAUCACUCUUGAAUCAGAACCUUCUAAUAUACAUGACAUAAAUACAAUAAAAGUUAUUGUAGAUA